GUUAACAGAUGGUCAUCUGCUGUUAAGCGUUCACCACUUCCUCAUACAGCUCAUUUUACAGGAUGGACUUCAUUGUGCUUCUCUUUGCCGUUUCUCUGCUGAAUUUAUGGGAAGCACAAGGGUCCGGUGCUGUGACGCCUGCAUUUGUGCAGACGGGAAAGGACCUACGUCUGCAGAUCAUGACACCUGUUUUUCUAGUUGAUCGCAGUGAAUUCAGAUGGAAAUUUAAAGAUGAAAAUAUAAUAAGAUUAUUUCAUGAUAACACAACAAAAAUAAUUGGCCGUUAUGAAGGAAGGGCAGAUAUUUCUGUUCGAAAUUACUCUUUGCUUUUGAAGAAUGUGCAACAAAAUGACAGUGGACUUUACUCUGCACACUUAAUUGGGGACGAUGACAAAUAUGUAUCUGAAUAUAACGUCACAGUUCAAGAUCCAGUGUCUCCAGUUCAUCUGAUCGUAGACUCUGUGCCCACAAGUUCAGGCUCCUGUAACGUCACUGUGACCUGCAGCACACAGGACUCACAUCACAUCAACAGCACUUUUACAUGUGACAACCAAACCUGCAGUCAGGACAGAGGAGAGACAUCAAAGACCACAACCUCUGCUGCUUCUCUCCAAGUCUACCUGUGGAAUGGCUCGAUCAUCUGUAACUAUAGCAACCAGGUCAGCUGGGCCAAGGACGUUAAAACAACAGAAAAUAUUUGCCCUCAACUUGCAGAGUCUUCCUCCAACAAUGUUGUCACUAUGGUUCUCAUCCCUCUUGUGAUAAUAAUAAUAAUACUUGGUGUCAUUGCUGGUAAUUGUAAAAAAAGAACAAAAGAUCAAAGAGAAGACACUGACAAUACAGUGUAUGCAGUUCCUGAGGUCGGACCUACAGCCCAACCACUGACUGAGAGUUCAACCAAUGAUGCUUCAGGUCUUUCUCCAACCUCCACCUACUGCUUGGUAGGGUUUCCUAUAGGAUCAGUGGGAUCCACUGAGACCAGAGGCACAAGUCUGCCAGAAAGUGUGUAUGCUCAACUCGAAAAACCUGCCAGGGCCUGAAAAACUCAGGAACUGUAUUCCACAUUCUGCACUUGUAGCAUGGUGUGGGAUUAUUUUUUGUAAGACAACAAUUAUCUUUUACAUCAACAAUAUACAAGAAGAUUUUUGAAAAUGAUGGUUUCAGCUUGACUUUCCAUUAAUUUGGCAGAUCAUCUUAACAUUUUCAUAGACUUAGUGGGUUUUCUAUGCCUGAACAAGAAGUGUGCAACUCCCUUUUAUAACUGUUAUAACUCUCUAUGACACAAUUUGUGACUGUUUAUUGCAAUGUUGAGUUAUAAAGUGAUUAUGAGAGUACUCAAUUUUCUGAGAAGGUCAAAUGAGGAACUGUUUAUCGAUACAAUAACCAGGUGGGAAUGUCUGUUCUGGCUGAUCCAGUAAAUGAAACAGCUGACAAAUAAAAAUACUUAAUCACAUUGAUGCAAGAGUUAGUGUAAAAAACAAAAUUCUGUGACACCAACAUAAAAGCAUGGAUCCAUCCUGCCUUGUAUCAACAGUUCAGGCUGAUGGUGCUGGUGUAAUGAUGUGGGAGAGUUUUCUUAGCACACUUUGGGCCCCUUGAUACCUACUGAGCAUCAUUUAAACACCACAGCCUUCCUGACUAUUGUUGAUGACCAUGUCCUUCCCUUUAUGACCACAGUGGACCCAUCUUCUGAUGGCUGCUUCCAGCAGGAUAACGUGCCAUGUCACGAAGCUCAGAUUAUCUCAAACUGGCUCCUUGAACAUGACAAUGAGUUCACUGCACUAAAAUGGCCUCCACAGUCACCAGAUCUCAAUCUAAUAGAACACCUUGUUAAACUAUAACAUUGAACAGUAUUACAGUGCUAGAAUACAUUUUGUUUGUUCAAGUGACAUGAAACUGCAGAUGUUCAAACGAGCUGUGCUUCUUCUACAGAUUUUCAACUCUAUUCAGUUAAUUAAUUAAAUGUAAUUUUAUACUUGUGCCAAGAC